AUGUGUAUGAUUUUGCGCUACGUUCACUUGGAUAAAGCAAAUCAAAGAUGGGAAAUAAAAGAGAGCUUUGUGAAAUUUACCGACAUUUCAUCAGCUAAGACUGGUCUGUUGAUUACUGGCGCAGCUACCACUGAAUUAGAGGCGUUAGGGUUGGAUUUGGAUGAUAUGCGUGGUCAGGGCUUUGAUAAUGGUGCCCCAAUGAAAUGCAAAAAUGUCGGUGUUCAAAGGAGAAUCUUGAAUCAGAACCCGAGACCAUUUUUCAAUCCUUGUGGUAAUCACUCAUUAAAUCUCACUGUUAAUGACGCUGCGGAUUCUACUUUAAUUGGAACACAAUACUUUGCCACAGUCCAGAAGAUUUAUGUAUUUCUAUCAGCUGCAACAAAUCGGUGGGAUGUAUUGAAGAAGCAUUUGAUUCCAGCAAAAGCAAAAACACCGAAACCGUUAUGCACAACGCGAUGGUCAAGCCGAAUCAACGCAAUCAAACCGCUGUGUAAAAACUCUGGUGAAAUUAUUGCUGCACUGAGGGAAAUCGAAGAUACUGAGAGCUUCAACAAAGAUGUCCGAUUUGAAGCGGGAACACUCGCCGACAAAAUUGAUUUUAUUUUCAUUUGCUGUACUUGCUUUCGGUAUGACAUUUUGAGCCACACAAACAUAGCGUCCAAAGCAUUACAAACAAUUCAGUCAAAUGUUCAAACGGCUCUGACAUCUCUUGAAAGUGUGAUGAAUUUUCUUGAAAGUUAUAAAGAAAAUGGCUGCGAAAAGGUUCUCAAUGAAGCAACGGAAAUUUGCGAACGCAUUUCGAUUGAAGAUGAAUUUGAUCAUCAAAAACGUCGAGCGGGUAGAACAACUGUUACAAAUGCAGAGGAAUUUGAAACAAAAGUUUUCUUACCAAUCAUUGAAUCCGCAACUGAUUCAGUCACUGAUCGUUUCAAAGCACUAAAGCAACACAGCGAAUUAUUCUCGUUUCUUUAUGAUUUUGAAAACUAUGAAGCAAACCGAAACAACGGUAGUUUGCAGAAAUCAUGCAAGAAACUAGAAAUUGCUUUAACUCAUGAUGGAAAAUCCGAUAUCGAUGGUGACGAUUUAUUUGUAGAACUUUCAUUGGUUUCAAAUAAUAUGCCAAUGGGUUCUUAUGAAACCAAACAAUUCGCCAAAAAGCAUGAUAUUGAAAUCAUUACAAGCAGCCCUAAUUUCCCACAGUCAAACGGAAUGGCUGAAAAAGCGGUCGGUAUUUGUAAAAAUAUUUUAAGGAAGUCAGAGAAUGAAGAAGAUAUUCUCAGAGCAUUGCUCGCAUACCGCACCACACCAACCAAAAACAUGUCAUAUUCGCCAGCUCAGCUAAUUCAAAAUCGAAAUUUGAGAACUGAAUUGCCAAUGCACAUCAAUAAAUUUCGACUCGAAUUAUGCAUUGACGUCGAAAAACAACAACAAGCAAAGCAAAAGAUCUCUUAG